GGUGUGCUGCUAUUGAUCUUCCGGCCGGCGAGCUAUCUGGUUCCCACCUUCCCACGCUACCUGCUUCGGUUCCUUCCAACCAUUUUUAAGGGGCUGGAUGUUCUUCCCAAAAUGAGUUUGGUGAUUAAAAAUCUGCAGCGAGUGGUCCCCAUCAGAAGAGUGCCACUUCGCAGCAGGAUGGAUGUGGUCAGGAGUAUUUUAGGAGUGAAGGAUUUUGACCUGGGAAUCAUCUGUGUUGACAACAAGCGUAUUCAGCACAUUAACAGGAUCUACAGGAAGAAAAACGUCCCAACUGAUGUGCUGUCUUUCCCAUUCCAUGAGAAUCUGAAAGCAGGGGAAUUUCCUCAGCCACACUCGCCAGAUGACUAUAAUUUGGGAGAUGUUUUUCUAGGUGUGGAGUAUAUCUUCCAGCAGUGCAGAGAAAACGAAGAUUUCUAUGACAUCCUAACGGUGACAGCCACCCAUGGACUCUGUCACCUUCUGGGCUUCACCCACAACUCUGAGGUCGAGUGGCAAAAGAUGUACAACCAGGAGAAACUGGUGCUGGAGGAACUGAAUCGCUGCACUGGAGCCAGCCUCCAGCCCCUGACCAAAGGCCUCUACUAAUGUUUCAAUACUGUGAGCUAGAGACAUUGAUGGACAGAGUGCUGCCCCUCCAGAAUGGAUCUCUGCUGGUCAUGCUGGCCUGGGUGACAUCAGUCCACAUGGAAGCUCAAUUCCAUGAGUGGAAAUUGGCUUCAGGAAGUACCAAGGAAGUGUCAGGUUGGCUCUUGCUCUGUUUAAAAAGCUAUCUUAGAGUCGGGUGGUGGUGGCGCACACCUUUAAUCCCAGCACUUGGGAGGCAGAGGCAGGCGGAUCUCUGUGAGUUCGAGGUCAGCCUAGUCUACAAGAGCUUGUUCCAGGACAGGCUCCAAAACCACAGAGAAACACUGUCUCGAAAAAAAAAAUUUAAUUUUUAUAAACAGCAGUUCUAGACCAUUCCUAAGAGAAGAAACAUGUAAGUUCUAUCAAAUGUGUUGCCAUCAAACUAAUAAUUAUAUGAGAGAAAGAUCAUGUCAUAAAUCAUCAUGAAGAAAGGAAA